CCAGCUACUAAGUUGGCAUUCAAUCUAUCAGCUUUACAAGAGCUCAUUUAGAUCUUAGCUCUACAGAGCGUGAUCUUCAAAGAUUUGGGUUAUACAUGAUGGCCCAUCAGAAAUAUCUUCGGGUCAUCGCUUUCAGGUCGUCAAGUUCCAAGACGACAUUCUUUGUUAUCCCUCAUGACAUCAAGUUCAAGCAUGAAGACUUGAGAAAUAUCUUCCAGGUCGUCACUGCUGAGCUUCCUGCUUCUAGGUCGUCACUGCUGAGCUUCCUGUUUCCAGGUCGUCAGGUCGUCACUCCUGAGCUUCCUGAUUCCAGGUCGUCACUCCUGAGCUUCCCGGUUCCAGGUCGUCACUCCUCAGCUUCCUGCUUCCAAGUCGUCACUCUUGAGCUUCCUGGUUCCAGGUCGUCACUCCUCAGCUUCCUGCUUCCAAGUCGUCACUCAUCAGUUUCCUACUUCCAGGUCGUCAAUUUGAGCUCCUUGGUUUUAGGUCGUCAUUCUCAGCUUACAGGUUGGAAAUCUCAAAUCAAGGUCUCUAUGCUGAUCAACUUGUGUCAACUAGAUCUUGUGAAGUUGCCCAAACAGCCCCCAUUAAACAAGAAUCUUGGACUGUCUUUCUCAUAAUGUAGGUUAUUGUUUGGUGAAUUUAUGCUUUUGUAUCAUGCCUCAUAUUAUGGUUUUUAGCAUGUGCAUUUUCAUUUACUGGCAUUCAUUUAGUUGGUUGUUCUGUUGUAUGCGCAGGCCUGGUUCUUAGAUCAAUUUGGAGUCCUUCACAAUGGCAAACAACCUUAUCCUGGUGCAAUUUCAA